AUGACCUCGUACGAACAAUCAUCGUUUCAGAUUCAAGGUUUGGCCUCGAGUAUAUCCAAGAGGCUAGCCAGUGAAACCAAUUCAUUACUCGUGACUAUAGUACCGACUGGUAGACAAGCUAAACGACACGCACAACAAAUCAAUUAUGCUGAAGACUAUGGUGAUGAUUUUGAGUUUGAAUCUACACCUGGGGAGUUUUCUUAUGCGGAGUCUAAUGGGUACCGCAGUCGAAAUUACAUGGAGGCAAAGACUCAGGUGGAUGUACAAAAAAUUGGACCAGCAAGACCUACCCCAAGGAUAAAGCUGCUCGACAAUGAUGUUUUAAGUAAUAGCAACGCCAGCACCAUCACGGCACAAUCGUGUAAGCCGGAAGUGUUGGUCCCAAUCAAGCUCAGUUUGGAAAGCUCAAAUGCCAACCACAAGAUCAAUGACAUAUUCAUGUGGAAUUUGAAUGAGUCGCUUAUAACACCAUCUGAUUUUGCAGAAAUAUUAUGUAAUGACUUGGAAUUACCCAAUUCUAUGGGCCAGCAGAUUACUGAUUCCAUUACUCAGCAACUCGAGGAGUAUUCAUAUGCAUCGAACUUGACAAUUCAAAGCAAAGAUCCAUGCAAUGUUAUCAUUGACUUGUCAGUGAACCUCAAUAAGCAACUAUAUCAAGAUAGAAUUGAGUGGGACUUGAACCAAAACCAAGUGACGCCAGAACAAUUUGCAGAGAUUGUUGUUGCUGAUCUCGGACUUUCUUUGGAGUUUAAACUUGCAAUAUCGCAUGCACUUCACGAAAUUAUCAUCCGGGUCAAGAAAGAAAUAGUAGAUGGGUCAUUUAAUAACGAGAUUCACAAUCUACAUUUGGUGAAGGGAAUCAUAUUUGAACAGGGAUUAAGAAUUUUCACAGAGAAUAGUAUAUCAAAUGGAAAUGAUAAAUGGGAACCUUCGGUUGAGAUAUUAAGCGCAAGCGAAAUAGAACGGAGAGAAAACGAGCGUAUUAGGAACUUGAGAAGAUUAAAAAGAGAAAGUAUGAGACGAGAAUUCGAUGAGAAUCCAAAUAAGAAAAGACACGUUGGGAGACCUAGGAAAGAAGAAGCUCCGGAUUGGAAGUAG